UUUCUUUCCAAAGAAAUCUCCAAUCCUCCUCUUCCUUUCACGCAACAAUCUCGAAAGAAACAUAUCCUCAUUGUCACGAGAUUCUUGCAUGCUACUGUACCUCCGUGGGUUAGCAAGGAUCAUAGCUCAAGCCCCACUAAGCUGCAUCUCGAUUGCCAACGCUGCUGUAUCAAAAGUGCAGCAUCCACAAACUCAACAGCUUUUAAAUUUCUGUGUUUGGACUUCUCCCUACAGAUCUUCCUCUUCUUAUCCAUUCUUGCAAGCUACACUUACUACCCUCAUAAAUCUACUACAACAUAUCGAAGAUGGCGGACCAACAAGAAAACGAUCUCUUGCCCGAGACAACUGAUGGAUUCAAGGUGGGGGAGAAAAAGACUUUGGAUGAGUAUUCCAAGAUGGAUGCCGAAGAUGAGUCUCUUCAACGCUACAAGGAAUCCCUUGGACUUGGCGGUGGUGGACAGGACCUUAGUGACCCAACAGACCCACGUGACUGCAUUAUUCUCACUCUUGAGAUGAACUCUGAGGGUCGCCCUCCAGUCAAGCUUGAGCUUUCUACACCUGAUGCUCUCAAGACCUUGAAGGAUCAUCCUUUCAAGAUUAAGGAAGGUUCUAAGUUCAACCUUACUGCUACCUUUAAAGUACAACACAACGUUUUGAGCGGUCUCCAAUAUGUCCAAGUCAUCAAGCGCAAGGGUAUCAGAAUCGACAAAUUGCAAGAGAUGAUUGGAAGUUACGCACCCAACACUGACAAGAACCCCGUUCACACCAAGCGAUUCGCCGACGAGGAUGCCCCAAGUGGAAUGAUGGCUCGAGGUCACUACACCGCAAUCUCUACUUUCGUCGAUGACGACAAGAAGAAGCAUCUUGAAUUCGAGUGGUCUUUCGAUAUCGCCAAGGACUGGUAGAUAUUCCUAUCUGCUUCACUUUUGAUCUUCUGCUUUUCGCCUAACAUAUCGCCAUCGCCUCUUUUGACACCGAUUCCAUUCUUGACGUAGCAUAGCACUCACAUGACAAGUUUUCGACAUACCUUUGCGCGCAUGCAAUUUGGACGGCUACCUUUUGGGCGAUUUUGCUUUUGUGUUGUGGCUAGGAGAAUAGUUGAUCGUUUUCUUCCCUACUUGUUUUCCCUUGCAAAUUUAUAUUUUGGACAGAAAAAAGUUAUGGGUGGAUAAUGAGACAAGUUAUGGAAGGAUGAUCAGAUGAGUUAUGAAACGAAGAUGUUUGGUCAUAUCAUGCGCAUGAUCUGGAUUGAACGAACGAACGAGAUGUGAAGUUGAGAAAGUACCUAAGCAUACUGUGGUUGUUUGGAGGCAUUCUUUCCCUGCAGGCGCGCAUACAUUAUUUUAAAUUCAAAAGACUCAUUCACUUUUCCUCAAGUAUAGAACUUCGUAUCUCAU